UUCAUGACAAAGCCACAGCGUAUCAGCUUAGUCGUAUGCGUACUGUCAAUGUGAGACAACGACGCGAUACCAGUAAAAACUUCAAGAGUGCGAAGAUUCUUUCUGCUGACUCAAAGUCGAAAUAUACCAGUGUCCUGAUACAAUUUUGACAAAAAAAAAUAAAUUUACAAAAAAAAAAAAUUAAUUAAAAAUAAAAAGAAAAAUUUCCCGAGGAUUCGCGCCGAGGAGCGACUGCUUGCAGCGAUUGUGUGGGUGUGUGCGGAUUGCUGAAAGUGAAACUGUUCUGAAACUGUGCUGGAGUGAAGUGUUGCCAUCGAACAAACCAUAGGAAGGAAGUAAGAACUAGAUUAAGAACUGCUUCCUGUAUCGGGAUAAAUAACACUCCUAGACCUAGAUACAGAAGUUACGCGUGUAUUGACUGACUAUCGGCGAACUCUCUCCUCCGAACUGUACUGAACUUAAAUCCGUCUUCUCGUCUUCUGUUGACGCGCGGACCUUAGCAAAUACUGGAACUGGGAUUUCGAAAAUGUAUAUGUCGUGUUUAUAUUGCUUCAGUGUAGUGCAGUGAUUAUUCGAGUGUUUCCAACGUGUUUAUAUAUAAAUAUAUAUAUAUAUAUAUAUUUUUAUCCGUGCAUCAGCCAUGAAGACCCUUGGAGCCGCUACAACAACCUCUUCAGGUGUCGUCGCGAUGACAUUCUGCGUCCUGAUUUUCCUGCAGCUUUGCACAGGUGGCGAAGCUGCAGUCGUAAAGAGAUUUACCGGAUUGUAUACCGGACCAUACUUCGAUCCGACUACUACCACCAAUAUCACUACCCAAUUGGGAACUCACGCUUAUUUGCCGUGCAAAGUUAAACAGCUCGGCAACAAAUCGGUGUCCUGGAUCCGUAGACGAGACGCCCAUAUCUUGACUGUGGACCGCUUCACUUUCAUCGCCGACGACCGUUUCCAGGCUUUCCUCGUCGAUUCCACCGACACUUGGACUUUGCAAGUCAAAUAUGUCCAGCCCAGGGAUGCCGGACAAUACGAAUGCCAAGUGAGCACUGAGCCCAAGAUGAGCCACUUCAUUACCCUCAACGUAGUCGUUCCGAAAAUCGAGAUCCUCGGCGAAUCUGAGAUCUACGUAAAGACCGGAAGCACCGUCAGCUUGAAAUGCGUUAUCACUCAGUCCCUCGAGGAGCCAGCCUACAUCUUCUGGUAUCAUGACGGAAAUAGGGUUCUCGAGUUUGACCGCAGCCUGAUCAACAUCAAUAUGGAACCGGUUGGAACCGAUACCACCGUCAGUACCCUCGUCAUCUUCCAUGCUCACCCUGAGGACAACGGCAACUACACCUGCAGUCCCUCUAACCUGGAUUCCGCUAGCGUUGUUUUACACGUGCUCAAUGGUGAAUACCCGGCUGCAAUGCAACGUGGCAAGAACUCUGCAUCUCCUAUCCCAGGAUGGUCUCAUCUCUCCAUGGGUCUUGGAUUGGCUGCCUGCACACCGCCAAGAUUCGCAUUCGCUGUUGCUCUAUCUCUUGCCAUCCUCUCCCAGCUCUUAGCUACCUAAGUUAUCAAACAGCACAUGCCACCCAUUACAAAAACAACAACAAUAGCAAGAACAUAAUACAACAACACACAACUGGCAUAGCUUUGCCACUCCGUCGCGCUUUGGUGGUUUAAUUUAACUUCCCUCUGUUACUUUAGAUUUUAUACGUAACGUAAGAAAAAUUGUAUUAUAGAAGUGGAAAAGGAGUUAAAAAAAUCAGAUUCGAACAUGAAACACUGUUCGAAUAUUUUUUUUAUGAUUAGCGAUUGCGAGAUGAGAGACAGGCUGGAUUCUAUAAUGCAAUUUGAUAUAUUUGUUCCGACAUUAAAUUCCUUUCAUUCCUCUUACGUCUACAUACUUCAACAUGGCAAUUAAAAAGUAAUAACCUCUCGUUUCAGGAAUGUCCCUUUCAUAUUGUAUACCUAUCUGUAACUACAUAAUAAUAACUAAAAAUUGCAUGGUGGAUGGUUAAGAUGUAAAAAAUAUAUUAUUAAAUUAUAUAUAUACAUAAAAUAUAUUAUAUUUAAUCCACUGUUUAACGGAAUAAGAAGAGAGCUGUACUAAUUUUCCAGCUUUUACUCCUCCAAUUCUUUUGUUUGUAAAUAUUAACAAAACUAUAUAUAUAUUAACAAAAAAAAACAUGAAUGGUAACAUUCAAAUUUGUCCCCAAUCCCCACUUAUCCCCCCAGUACUUUGAGUGAUUAACAUUAUUUUAAUGAUUUCAAACAUACUAAAAAAAAUCUACAACGGACACAUUUUAUGGUAAUAAUGUGAAUAUGUUUAAGCCUAAUACUAAUACGGUGUGAUUAAUUAGUUAAGGUAGAUAGAUUUUAAUGUAAAAUUAAUAUCAUUCCAGUUGUACUCAAGCAUGAAUGUGAAGAUCAAAAGAGUGGAGUUGAAUGAAGCAAAUGUAAGAAGCAAAAUAAAAUAAUGUUUUAACUGUCGAACAAGUUUUCACUCAGUGUGCUAAUUAUGAUUUGAGAUGUCAAUAUGCUAAAGAUAAAGAACAUGUAAUGGCGAGCGGAUGGCAAUGACGAAGGGUAAAAAAGAGGAGACGAACAGGUGCCAUUCCUUUCAUUUGUGGAGUUUCCUCCCAUUUAGUAUUCAACUAUGGAAAUGAUGUGUAUCUAUAUAUUAAUGAAAUCAUAAUUAAGGCAAAUAUAUAUGAAUCAUACUUAAUCUGCUAUUACUCAAAUCCGUGGAAAAUAAACGUUAGCAAUAGGCAAACUCUUUAUUUCAUAAACAUUUCAUUGAUGUAUUUUAGGUAAGAGCAGAAUUGUAACCAAUUUAUGUUAUAUAUAAAAAAAACAAUGGUAAAUGAAUCGUUAAAUAAAGUGUUUCAUUCAUUA